AUGCGACCUGAUAUCGAGGACCGGGAUUACAUGUAUAGAUUGAUGAUCAGCCAACUCUUCUACGAUGGACAGCAACAAAUCGCACUCAGCUUGGCCUCGUCAAUCGGUUGCUCAGCAAAUCCGCCGGCUCCGUGCGACAGACUCUUCCGCCUCAUCUCGAUGGUCAAACAAUUCGACGAAGCUGAACAACAGGACAAGGAAAAUGGACUUCAGUUUGAUGCAAAUUCGGCGGGACUUGCUUUGAAAUUUGAUGCUGACAUCGUGCCCGAAUCGCCCGAGACGUGCAUGUAUGAGACGAUCUACCUGACUGCUGACGAAGCCUCUUGUCGAUCUGCAGCCUUCAAUUCUGAUGAUACGACAAUGCCGGUUGCAACACGUACACAAAAACGGGAGCAAGAACCGGAACCAAAGAAGUUUGAAGAUUUACCUCUGGAGCUGGUGGAGAAGAUCGCAUACCAUCUCGAUGUGGAAGACGUGGAAGACGAUCCACCGCUCGAUUUCUGGGUGCUCCUAAUAGAAGAUAGAACUCCAACGGUUUUUACGGUAUUCGCUAACAAUCGAUUUUUCUUCUUGAAGAUGAAGCUU